AUGGAUAUUGAUGCCUGCAUUGAAUCAAUAAAGAAAUGCAAAUACUUACCAGAAAGCGACAUGAGAAAACUAUGUAAUAAAUUGAAAGAGAUUCUUGCAGAAGAAUCAACUGUUGUGCCAGUCAACGCACCAGUGACUCUCUGUGGCGAUAUUCAUGGACAGUUUUAUGAUUUACUUAAAAUAUUCGAAGUGGGAGGUAGUCUACCGGAGACAUCCUAUGUAUUUAUGGGAGAUUUUGUUGAUCGUGGAAGAUAUUCACUCGAGACACUUACUUUACUAUUAUUAUAUAAAGUCAAAUACCCAGAACGUAUUACGUUGAUAAGAGGAAAUCAUGAAAGUCGAAACGUCACUCGUGUCUAUGGAUUUUAUGAUGAAUGCAUGGCAAAGUAUCAGAAUUCAAAAGUAUGGGAAUGGUGUUGUAUGGUGUUUGAUUAUUUACCUUUGGCAGCAAUCAUUGAUGGAUCUGUGUUUUGUGUGCACGGAGGAUUAUCACCGGAACUACCUUCGAUUGAUUCCAUUCGUACAUUAUUCAGAAUGCAGGAAUUACCUCAAAGUGGUGGACACUGCGAUUUAUUAUGGUCUGAUCCUGAGGUUCAAGUAGAAACGUGGACGAUUAGUCCUAGAGGAGGAGGUUACUUAUUUGGCCCACUACCUACGACGGCAUUUUGUCACAAUAAUAAAAUAGACUUGAUAGUGCGAAGUCAUCAGUUAGUGGACGAAGGUUACAACUAUCCAUUCUUAGAGAAAAAUCUAGUGACACUUUGGUCAGCACCCAACUAUUGUUAUCGAUGUGGUAAUAAGGCAGCUAUCCUUGAAGUGCCUGAAGAAAAUAGAAAGAUCAUGCCGAGCGACUAUAAGAUAUUCCUGGAAAAUGACAUACAAGGUGAAAACACAUUAACGGCUGGUCCGGGCAGCCAAUAUUUCCUUUAA